AUGAGAUCUAAUUGUCGUCUUACAGUUGACAUCUGGUCUGUUGGCUGUAUAUUCGCAGAAAUGAUUAAUCAUCGUGUCCUGUUCCCUGGAUUGGAUAGGGUUGAUCAGUGGACAAAGAUUAUUAAUGUAAUGGGAACACCUAGCGAGGAUUUUAUCUCCCAACUUGGCAGCAGUGCAUCAGUGUAUGUGCGUUCGCUACCGCGUCAGACUGGAAAGUCGAUCGAAGAAAUAGCACCAGAUGUGAAUUUUCUCAGUAAUACCGAAAAUGCUAGAGCUAAUCUCACGGGUUUGUAUUUAGAGAUCUCUAAAUACAAACCC